AUGACCGUCGGCCUCCUGUAUGACAUUGGCUGUCAACUUCAUCGAAGUUGUGUCAAGUAUCAACUCCUUGAUGACACCAUUCUUCGCCGGUUGACAUUUGCAAUAUCAGUUUUUCACGCUUAUGGCCACCAAUGGCGUGUCAAAUUAUAUACCACCCUUGUAAGUGUGAAGGCUUUGGCCUUUCGGAUGGAGAAGUUUAAUCAGCGACUUUUUGUCCUCGACACUCAAGUCCGGCAUCUGAAUAACAAGAACCUUGUUUCGUGUGGCAACUGGUUGAGCCGGAGGUGGAAUAACUGCGUCAAGAGGAAGACUAAUGCAAUGCAAGCUCUGCGUGAGCUUUCAGUGGAUGAGACCUAUGUCCGUCAGGAGUGGAAAUCACAAGUCGAUCAUCAGACGAGACCCCUGCCUCGAAAUGUUGACCAUCUUGCUGACUACAAUCUUCGUCUCGUUGAAGAACGUGCUCACCAGUCAAGACUCGCAGACGCUUUGAGCCGCUGGAAGACAAGGCUUGGCAUCAGUCAGCACACCCGUUUGGACCAACUACGUCGCAACAUAUAUCUACAAGUCCGUUUGGAUGCUCAAGCUCUUAAGACGUGUAUCCGCGAACGACUUCGACAGCGCAAGUUCGAAAUUGAGAAGCUUGAACGCUCAUAUAGGCAAGCAGUGAACAAGCACAAGCUUAAUUCUCAUGUCGAUGCCGCAAUCCAGUGGCGCAAUCCGACGAUACGAAAGCUCGUUUAUUUAUACAACAGCCUAUGUGCUGAUCUCGGUGCUCUAAUCAGACAACGCUGCAGUCCUCCCAAUGCCAUACCACCCAACCCUAUCUCUCCUAUUGGUAUUUUCAAUCUUGAUGUUGAUGCUGACAUUUGGCAGGACAUCGGACUGGAUGAUGUCAUGCCGGAGCCCCCAGAUUGGUUAGCCGACGAGGUCACUCGUGCUGCGAUCAAACUGGUGCUUGAGAUUGACCGGUGCAACAAAGAAGAGUCUCACGUGAAGGUUGAGCGCUGCGCCCUGCAGGAGUGGGCCAUUGUUGAGUGGGAUGCUCUACAAAGGGCUCGUGCACAUGCAAGUGAUGAUGAAGUAAUCCUCUAUCACAUUGAUAAUCGUGCUCAACAGUUCAUUGGGCUUGUACUUGGCUGGCAGACGAAGGUUCGUCCUAUUCCGUGCGCGUGGCCUAUGCCUGAUCGCUGGGGGCCGUCACAUGCUGAACUUGCUAAUGGGACACAUGUGUACUCUAAUGACCAUGAUGAUGAAGAUGAUGUAGGGGAUGAUCGAGAUGAUUGGGAAUCUGACAUUGGCUGUGGUGAUGAGGAGCUUAUGGAUGUUUUAGAAGAUAUUGCAUUAGCAGAUCAGUAUAUGGGUGAAGAGGUAGAUGAUAUCGAGGAUAGCUGUGUAGUUGAUGACUGA